CUUAUUAACGGCAUAAAAUCGCAGACUCACAGAUUUUGCAUAAAAUAUUUUAAAACAGCAGUCAGACAGACAGACAACAUACACACUAACAAGUAAUAUUCACUUGUGUAUCUAAUGGAGUAAAUGAAAAAAAUAAUCCCAAGACGCCUUAGUAAGCAAAUUACACACAUUUAAUAAGUUAUUUAAAAUAUUGUAAUUUGGUUUUAUUUAAUUUAAAUUAUAAUAAAAAUAUCAAAGAAAAUAUUAGUAUUUGUUGAUUAGGAUUUAAUAAGAAGUGAAACAAUAUGAUUAUGUAAAAAUUAUAGUCUGGAAAAUAAUCUUUAAGAAAUUCCGACAGAAUGAAAUAAAAUCGAAUUAAAAGAAAAAAAGGAACUUUAAACGUUUUUUCUUUUCUGUUAAAGUCACCAUAACCACCACCCACCCUAAAGUGCCAGACUUCCGGUUAAUAUUACAUACAAAAUAAUUGAAAAUCAAAUUGACCAAUUAUGUAUAUCCGCCCACUAUUAAAAAAAUGCACCACCAGUAUUUCAAGUACCAUAAAUAUUCAAAAAUGCUUAAAAUAAGUUCAUAUUUGCAUUAAAAAAAAAACAGUCAACGCGAAUAAAAAAUAUUUAACAUAAAAUGUUUGGAUCCAGAAUAAAAACAUGGAUGGAAAACCAUCUUGGUAGACCUCGUAAAAAAAGCAACAAAAAUAAGAAUGUAUCGCCUUCCGAUCACAUACCGACUGGAGAGCAGUAUAAACAAAAGCAUGCAGCUACAGGUUUCACCCUGUACAAUAGCAACGGAUGUUCAUCACCAUAUAGGACCAAUACGAAUUCAAAUAGUUCUAGUGCCAAUCUUACAGGAUGCAAUAGUAGCGUUAUUUCCAGUCCCAAUAGGCGUAGAGAAGUAUCUCCCAUACAAAAUCAUACUCAGAGUCGUUAUGGUUGGCAGUCGCCAGAUAGAGAAAAUGUCAUCUCCCCCAAAUCAGAGAAUUUCUUGUAUGCACCUCAGCAUCAUAGUCAGCAGUAUUUGCGCAAUCAUCACACAGCUCCCAAUACUCGAGAAAAUUCUUGCGAAGACAAUAAAAUCGUUUCUAAACAGCAACAGCACCAACUCAAUUGUUCUACUUCAUCGUUUUCUUCAUUAUCUUGGUCCACGGGCUCUAAAGAACCAUCAAUGAACUCCAAUAAUAUUCCGAAUGCAAAUGCAGUUUGUCAUUCUCUUGUUGCACCCAUCAAUAGCAAUACUACUUCAACUUCAACUGACAUGAAAUCACAUACCCUAGCGGACUCCAAACCAUCAGACGAGGAUCCUAAUGCUGUACACUACGAAGAAAUUGAUGAACUUGGUACUUUAAUAAGACAUCCUGAGAAGCUGCUUGAUAACACAAUUAAUGAUUUUGAAAGACCGAAAUCUGAACAAUUUCCAAAACAUAAACAUACUACCACAGUAUUUUCUGACAAUAAGCAAACACAAGAUGAUGCUUCCACCAGAUAUGGCCGAUUGUUGCCAUCAAAGAUGCCAAAUCCUAUAAUAGUAAGUUUUCGUACAGGCAGCGAAGAAUGUAUUUCAAGAAAUGGUUCUCACUUCGCAACACAAAGCCCCAGGGGGGAUAUAAAAAAUACUUCGUACUCACAAAAUCGCAAUGGUGUGAGAAGUAAAUUAAGAACGGGUAUUCAUCCAGGUUCUCUUCAAGGAAAUCCUUCUGCACCUCUGGUCAGUCUAUCAUCCCCAGAAAGUGCAUAUUCGACAGGUUACUCAACAGAUGGGACAUCGCCUGGUGCUGGAUAUACACCGCCAGAAUAUUAUGUAAAUAUGCGAACUGGUACCCACUAUUUCCCUAAAAGUGUAAACUCAUUGGCUAUAGAAGCUCAAAGAUAUAAAUUUGGAUUGAAUAAAAUUGAAGAGAUGUCACCCAUUGAUCCCUUGCCGAAAACCUCAUUUGCUCAUCGUAAUAUUGAAGAAAAUUAUUCUGCAUUAGCUAAACAAAAUAUUUUCACAGAACCAUACGAAAAGUCGUCGUCCACUUUUCAAGCGUGGGAAACGAGCGAAGUUAAUAGUCCACUGCCUAUUCGAAAUACUAUCGUCAUACCAACUUUGAAAGGAUUUGAAUCUCCAUCGCCCCGACAAAGAUGUCGAAUACGCACUAAUCCAUGGUAUUCUACUACUGAAACCUCUUCAUCAAGUUCUACAAUGAACCCAUUACAACAACAGCAGCAACAACCACAACAAAAUCUCCACCACCACUCAGGUGGAUCGCUUACAAACACAUCAUUAACAUCCUCAAUGACGUUCUCAUCUACAUCAUCACACUCGACGUCAGCCUUAUCGACAAUACAUCUUGAUCAAGACUUUCAACGUUCAGUCUCCCCAGGUAUCAGGAACAGUACUUUAGGUGCAACAGUCUUGAGUAUGAAAAAUAAUAAUAACAACAACAUCAUGACAUGUGUGUCGUCAGAGUCUUCAUCCUCAUUGACAGAAGUGGAAAAUAUGCAACGAUGCUAUACACCCAAUACCAUUAGAAAAAAGCGGUCCUUGCAGUUACAUUAUAAUCAACAUGCUGAUCUUGUUGCUACCGGCAACAAGAAAAGUCAAGAAGCUCCUUUGGCUGUGGCAAGUGACGACGAUGCCACAUUGAAUGAAAUGAUGGGUAAAUUUGAUGAAAGUUACAUAUACGAAAAGGAGACUGACAUUUUAAGCAGUGACUCUGAUCCUACUGACUGCCCUACCGACAUGGAUACGGGGCAAGAUGCUGGUGACGAAUGUGACACCGAUGACUUAUUAGAUAUCGAUUUCAUUGAUACUUCUUCAAUACAAGAAAUUUGUGAAAAUAAAGACCACCAAGUCAACUUGGGAAAAUGUUAUUAUGUGCAAGGAAGUCCUUUAAUGGCCCAUAGAAAGGCGUCUCUUAGAUCACGCAAUUCAAGGAGUCUAAAGCUGUCGAACGAACAAACAAUGAUCUCGGCAGCAGCAAAUAGUGCUCAAAGAAGAAGGAAACGUUUUCAUAAGACUCGAAAGAAGAGUUCUGAAAGUAGGGAUCAUUGCAGAUCUCCUCUACGUAAACCAAGAGAAACACGCAGUGUUGGUGGAACUCCUGUUUGUCUAAGAAAACGCAUAUCAAUCAGUGAAAAGCAAAAAUUUAGUCACACUACACCUCAUAGAUUAUCCCACCGUUCGAGUUCCUUAGUAUUUACUAGUGUACAUGAAAAUCGUUGUAUGACUGUAGCAGAGAGCGAGAAAGCAAUAUUAAAGGCAGAUUUUGAAGCGGAUGUAAAAUAUCGACAAUUAAUAAUGGAAGCCGAAUCCAUAUUGCUUUCAAUGAGAAAUAGCUUACAGAGUAUUUCCCGUGAAACUCCUGUAGCCAGUCCACGUAGACUAAAUCCAUUAGCCAAUAAACGUGUUGAAAUGAUUAAGAACUGUGAAAUUGAACCGAAAAGAGAUGUUCAAAAGCAACAACAUCAACAACAUUCACCAAAGAAACAUAUGUCAUCCGAAUUAAGCGAACAGGAAUUAACAGCAGCCGUCAACAAACGCAUUGAAAUUUUAAAAUUGGAAACUCUGUCACCACCUGGUAGUCCCAAAUUGGGACAAUGCAGUCCCCGAAAAACCCACUUGACCAAUUUUAUUAAUCAAAAUACACCCUCGGAAGGAAACAUAAGAAAAAAUUCAAACAAUUCUCCCUUAGUUCAAAGAAAAAGUGUUAGUCCAGUCGCAUCACCCACGCCCCAACAGAGAUGUUUCAAAUUUCAAGCGAAUAAUUUAAGGCCACCUUCUCGUACUCAGAAUAUCCAGUUUAGUGAUUCUGACCAAGAUUUGGGCAAACCAGUUCAAUUUUCAUGCAAUUCUAAAUGUGAAGAUAGUGUUAUCAAAGAAACAAAUUUCAUUUCACAACUUCAAAAUAAAGGACCUCCAAUGUCUCUAAACUACUGUCCACAAAGUGAACCACUAAAACGUAAAAUAUACAAAAACCACCAUCCAUCAUUUGAUCGUACAGGCAAUUGCAACCCCAUACAAAAAGAUACCAGACAAGAACUUUUAAAACAACAACGUCUUAAAGCGUACAAUACCGGAAGCGUGGAAUUCCCCGCACACAAUCGAAAGCUUCAACUCAAAUCGAAUAGUCAAGAUCUGAACCAUUUGUCAUCAUUUGGUUCAAAGACUGAUUUCAACAUUAAUACGCCAUCAGAUAAAGCAGCUUUAAUACUCAGCACAAUAGAGGAUUUAAAACGUAAUUUAGAACAUCAAAGCAUCGAGCUCAAUGGAUUACAUGACUCGUAAAGUUAACCUUUUAUUAUUCUUAUUAUUAUUCCAUAUUUUUACUACCUAGUAUAUACAUUUAUCUUCGAAAGUUUAACGUAUAUACAGUGCAUUAAGUAUAAACGUUGAGCUUUUUGGCUCUAAUCAGAAUUAUCGGAUCAUUAGGAAACAAAACGGAUCCUAUCGACGAUAAACAUAUUAUUACCAAUCAUAUACAUACAUAUUUACAAGCAUUCAUUAACAUUUAUUUAUUAUUCUUUAUUUACUACUUUAGAUGUAAACAAACAUUACCAAUAUUAACAAAACAUUUAUAAUUUAGAAUUUGAAAGAUAAAUUCGAAAAUAGAUAUUCUAUACAUGAAAAGCCUUCUGUAAAUCAUUUCAGCUUACUUUUACAAAUUUUUAAUGCGAAAUUUUAGAAAUUAAUACAUUUGAUAUAAGCUGAUGUGAUCUACUAAAUAAGGAUACGCAUUUACAUACAUACAUUAACAAAUUUAUAUAAAAAAAUAUUAUUUAUAUAACAUAUAAUAUCAGAUAAUAAAAAUCAUACAUAGAUCAUCGGUUACAUUAUGUUUAAGUUUUAUUUUUUAGUUUUUUGAUUAUAUUUUAAUGUCCUUUUACCUUAUGAAAUCCCUCCAUUUUAUUAUACAAAUUUUGAUACACAUAUGUUUAAUGUCAUAUUAAUUUAAAUUAGAAACAUUUAGACUUUUAUAUACACAAUAGCAAAGCAAUAUGUAUGUUGGUCAGAAGAAUACAUUUUUGGAUCAAAAAAAAAACUUGUAGCUUAUUUUCUAUUUUCCAAUCCCCGAGAUGUUUUGAACUAGACAUAAUAUUUGCAAUAUGUAUUCCAAAUAUUAAAUAUAUAAUAUCUCACAUCGACAACAUUUUCCAAUGUUUUGAUUGUUCAUAUUUUAGAUGACAACUACGUAUGUAUGGAUGUCUAAUAUUUAAGUUACCUAAGUUACAAUUAAAUAAAUCAAAUCAUCAAAAGGCUAAAUCCUAAAUACUAAUUAAAAAAACAUACAUAUUAAUUAUUUACAUACAUACAUACAUAAUUAUUGUAGUUUUAAAAAUGUUGUUUCUUUUGUUUGUUAUAAAAAUUUUAUACUCAUUUUUUAAAUUAAAUUUAAAUGUAGUAUUAUUAAUAGUUAAUUUGUAGUUCUAAUGAAAGUUCAUAGACUUUAUUUAUAUUUUAAUAGUCCCAAUUUUAUACGUACGUAUAUUUUCAUUUUUUUACAUUAAUAUUUAAAAAAAUUAUAUUUUCAUUGUUGUACCACUCUUCCCCGUAUUGAGCUUUGAAUUAUAUUUCCAAAGGAAUUUAAAUCAAUGUCUUUGUUUUAAAUUUUUUUCUAAAUUCCCUGAGGAUGGUUUAGCGCCAGUUCGGCAAAGUCAAAUGCAAUGUUUUUUUAUAUAAUGUUCGAAGUAUUUAGAUCAAUUAAAAUUAGUUAAAGUUAUUUUUUAAUAUUUAAGUUCCUUAUUUGCCUACAAUUUGUUUAAUUAAAUUUAAUUUGUUAUUUAAUGUAGAAAACCAAAAAAUAUUAUUACAUUAAAAUUAAAAAAAAAACGAUAAAAAUAUUUAUAUGUAGACAAGUAUCAAUUAAACCAUAUCUGUUUAAGCAUAAACUCAAAUAAUUAAACCGGCAUUAUUUAAGUACUAAAACUAAUAAACAUAUUGAAAAUUAAAUAUUGUAUGUUUUCAAACAUUCAACUAUCAAAUACAUGUAUUUAUGUAUGUAGUGGUAGGUAUUAUUUUCAGUAUUACUUAGUACGAGUAUUAUUAAUUACUAAUGAUUAUAUGUAGAGUAAAAAUGUCAAAUGGUUUUUGACAGUUUAAUUUUUCAAUUAAAAAAAAAAUAUGUUAUACAUAAAAAUGGCUAAUGAAUUACAUAUAAGGAUUAA